UCCCGCGGUGGCUAAGCACAUGGCCGACCCGGGGUUCACGAGGGAGCUGCAGAGGCUGCAGAAGGUCGCCACUGACGCGAGACUGGAUGCCAGCGGCGACCCCCUGAAGGUCUGCGAGGUGGGCCGGACCAUCGCCCUGUCGGGCCAGAAGGAUCCCAGGAUAAUGCAGGCCUUGAUGGCGCUGCAGGGCCAGGAUCUGAUAGUUGAGGAGUCGGACCUGAAGCGGGCCGAAGAGCAGGGCGACAUGAGGAGGCGCGAGCCCGUCCAGCUGGAGCAGCUGCAGCUCGUGAGGGACAUCUGCGAUCCGGAGCAGGCGAGGCUCAAGGGCAACGAGUACUUCAAGCUCGGGGAGUACCAGAACGCCAUCGCGCACUACGAGCAUGGAGUGAUGCUGUUGCGAAAGCAGGACGUGGUGCCCGCGGCGGCCAUCGCAACGCUGCUCAGCAAUUCCACCAUGUGCCUGCUGAAGCUCAAGUGGCCAGAUAGGGCCAAGAAGAGCGCUUCCAAGGCCGCGCCGUGGCUGUGCGCAGCGGAUGCGUGCGCCUCCCCUGUCUCCUGCCGUUUCCCCCUCCCCCUCUUAGCAGAGGGCCCCUACAAGUACACAAUCUUAUUUCUACUAUUACUACCACUACUACUGCUACUACUACUGCUACUACUACUACUGCUACUACUACUACUACUACUACUACUACUACGACUACUACUACUACUACUGCUGCUACUACUACUACUACUAUUACGACUACUACUACGACUAUUAUUAUUACUAUUUUUCUAUUACUACUAA